GCCGAGCGCAGGGACAGCGCGGUGCGCGGCUGAAGUCGGAGCUCCGACGCAGGCUCCACACCCACGAAAACGUCGCGCGUUUCUCACACCGAAUUGUAAAAGAUACAGUUCGUCGCUCGGCGGAAGUUUGUUUGUCAGAAUGUGAACACAAGUGGAGCUUCUCCAUGCACCUACAUCCCUUCCAUUCCGACCUUCUAGAAUGUUCCUGAAGACAAUUCCUCCGGCGGUGGCUAUUCACUCAGAAUGGAGGUCCAGUAAAAGCUGCAUCCUGCCUCUCUUUUUCAAUGACAGUGCCUCCGACAGCGACCUCGCCUCUGUUAACGGCACCCCCAUCCCACAGAAGAUCCAGAUGAUCAUAGAGAGCCUCCACAGCACCCAGUCUUCGGACAUGACCGACAACGGGCAGGACGCUCACUCCAGCCACGAGACCGGCUACAAGGGUCAAGCGCGACUCGCGGACACGUCGGAGAGGUCCUGUCGAACGGAUGCUAGGAGACAAGCCGCUGGGUCUGAUACUGGAGAAGAUUCGGACAGCGACGAUUCUGUGGACAGGGGCAUCGAGGAGGCCAUUCAGGAGUAUUUAAAGGAGAAAGUGGACCACAAGCGCAAAGGGGAUCCGGUGAUGGGUUCCUCCCCAGCGGCCAAACUUCAACGGAGGGAACCGAGCGCGCCAGACGCCGCUAAACAACUCGCACAUUCCGGCAGUGGUAAAGUGUUAACCGCUAGCAAUCACAUUCAGAAAGCCACCUCAACACAGCCCUUGAAGGAGAAAGUCAAGAAGAAAAGUCUAAGCAAAGAAAACCCCUUUAAGAAAGUAGAGGUGAGUAAAAGUUUGCCGGUCAAAAGCCCUCCUCUGUCCAGAUGUAAAAAAGGGUCAUCUUCGUCUUCUGAGAUGGACAGAUCUCCACCACGUCUCGUCAUUAAAGAGGAAUUGCUCGACUCAAGCAGCGAUGACGGAAUCGAAGAGGAGAUUACGAGGUUCAAGCAGGAGAAAAAAGUCAACCUAGAAUGUAAAAAAGACGCCACGAUAAAACCACAGCGAACUGAAGACUCAGAUACCAGCAGCGAUGAAGGGAUUGAAGAAGCCAUACGUCGCUUCCAGGCAGAAAAAUGCGAGGAUAAGAAUAGUCCUCUCAAACCUACCCAACCCGUGCCUGUACAGAGUGUUGCUCAACCACUCAAAACGCUGUCCAAGAAGAACAACACUAAGAAACUGACCACCAAAAAGUCUGAACGCCCUGCUCCACUGACCAUAAGUCAAUUUCUAAACAAAUGUUCAUCUCGAGGCUCAAAAGUGAAGGCACUCACAGCGCCGCCCUCCAGUCCACGUACCACAGACGCAGAGCAUCAGAUCCACUCCGGUUUAAAUGUGGACACGGCUGACCUGAUGUGUGCAGAAGCCAUUCUGGACAUCUCCAAGACGGUCAUGCCUGAGGUCUUCGAGUCCAACUUUAACAGAACCACGCAGCAGACGUUUCCCGCAACUGACGACAAAAGCAACGACAGCUCCGUCGACAGCGAGGACGGAAUCGAACAGGAAAUCAGGAAAUUUCUGGAGCUCAAAGCGCAGAUGAAUAAAGAGCCUUCUCCAGAUCCAACAGCAGGCAAAGAGCCGAAGAAAAAGGCGAAGGAAAUCCAGUCGAGUAAUGUGAGGUUGUCUUUAUCAAGAAAACGCAAAUUUAAAGAACAAAGCAAACCUUCAGCAGAUGGAGGCAUCGCGUGUGACGUUAAUAAAGAGAUGCCAUCAGGGAAAACUUCAGUCCGUAGCGAAUCAACCAGAUCUCAGAUUGCAUCCGCCGGGAUUUCUGCUCCUCUCACUGUGAAAAACAACAAACCAAAACAAAACUCUCCCGCUCGUAAGGUGUCAGGCGCUUCCGUACCCCAAGACAAAGGUUCAAGGACUGUGAUUGGCUCGGAGAGAAAUGACAGCAGCGAUAAAAGCAGCUCGUUUGACAGCGACGAGGAUCUUGAUGCUGCGAUUAAAGAUUUGCUUAAAACGAAGAAAAAGGUUAAAAAGAAGGUAAGGGACACGAGGGCAAGAAAAGGACCUUCAGAAGCAUUAACAACAGAUACUCUGAAAAAGCCUAAACUGACCACAGAGCAGAAGAACGCCCCUCAUGUCAAGACUUUCAAAUCUACAUUGCAUGCUAAAAACAAAAAGAUUCCUCGUAGCAAAGCUGGUAAGAGCAAAUCAGAGGGCCAAAACUGCAAACAGCCUACAAGUCUUGGAAACGAUGGAGGUGUGAAGGAACAUCAUCAAGAAUGUGGCUUACCCUCCUCUAUUCAACAAGCAAGCGAUGAGGACAGUUGUGUUGACAGCGAUGACAGCAUUGAACAGGAGAUCAGGAGGUUUCUGGCCGAGAGAGCCAAAGUGGCCACACCUGUACUUAAAAGCGUCACACAGGAGGGGGGAAAUGACGAAGAUUUGGCAACGUCAGCAGAUGUUAAACUAGAGUGUCAACAAAUUCCCAUCGAACCUCCUGCUGGGCUUCAAAAUAAUGAAAGACAAGCGGAAAUGAAAUGUGCUGGUGUAUCUUUAUUUGUUAACAGACAAACAGACUCUCCUGCGGAAGCGGAUAAGGGACCAGUCCUCACACCGGGCACCUCUUCCAUUAAGCGUUUUUGGAAAACUGAAAAUGAAAAUUUGGAGAUCUCGACAACGAGAGACCAAAAGAAUGGCUUGUCCAGUAAAAGCACUCCUGUCAGUCAUAUAAGCUUGAAAUUCAGCUCUUUCACAUCACCUUCAGAAACGCCUCAAACAUCUGAUCAACACCAGAACUUGUUCCUGAUGGCGUCUGGUGACGGCAGACUGAAUGAGCUCACUGAAUGUCCUUCAGCCGACUGUAAUGAACGUCUAACCAGCCAUCAAAGCAGACCAGCCCCGAGGAUACCUUUGAGCGAGGUCAUCAGGUCUGUGUGUCCUUCACCGUUCUCCAAAACAGACCCUCCCGAAAGCACGCCCUCCACAGAGAACCCUGCGAUCACCACAAGUGACUUCUUGUCCUCCACAACCCCACGCAGCAGGACAGAGGAGAUUUAUCUACAUGAACACAUGAACAGGGACAAAAAAGACCAGGCGUCACUUGUGCUGCAACCGGACCAGACAGCCUUCCCAUCAUUCUCAGCUCAAAAGACAAACAACCUGCAGGUCAGACAAAGCGAACCGAGUGAGUACAGAGUGAGUUUAGGAGAAGAACAGAGGGGGGGAGGUGAAAAGCAGGAAGACAAAGAGCAGGAGGGACGAAUGAAGGAAGACGAGGAAGAGAAAUGUUUAGAUGAGACAGACGUAGAGGCAGAUGAGGACAGGGAAGAUCAAAAGAGGAAGGCAGGAAGACAGCAUCAGCCCAGUCAGUAUUUAUCCACCUCUAUAGAUCCCGGGAUUUUACUGAGUCCAUACAUUGCGCUUGAUACAGAGGAGAGGAGCCUAAGAUUCAAAAGCAGACGCCUUCAGGUUCAAAAGCAGUUACAGUACAGUACAACAGUCAAGCGGAGGUUGCAGUUUGUGGUCAGUGUGCCAAGAUAAACUGAAGCUAAAACAGAAGUUCUCAUGUUCCGUAGAAUAUUGUAAUUGAUUGAUGUAAAGAAAUUAUUUUAAUUACGAUAAAAUAACAACACCCUAACAACGACUUAGUUCUUAUUGUAUUAUUUGAGGUUCUGCGUGUGUUUCUCAUGAUUUGAGCAAUUUGUUCGCGGUUGUUUGAAUAAAGUUUUUAUUCGGCUA